UCAUAACAUAAACUAAUUUGUGGUUAUAAGUGGUUUAUUAUUUGUUUAUUAAUUGAUAUAACAAUAUAUCUUAAAAUAUAGAUAGAUUAUUAAUGUUCUACGCGGUAUAUACUAUAAUUGACUAAAAACUUCGUGCCAGGGAGUGAUAUAAUUUCUUUAAAAAAAAAGAUACUAGCCAAAAAUCAUGGAUCCAGCACUAUUGAGAGAAAGGGAAUUAUUCAAAAAAAGAGCUCUAUCAACUCCAACGGUUGAAAAGAAAAAGGUAGAAUCGAAACCUGAUGUGUCUAGAGAAGAAAAAAAGAAAGCCAAGCCUCCCUCAGCACCUAGAUUGGAUAUAAAUACAUAUAAAACAAGCAGUGGCAGUUCUCAAUAUAGGUUUGGUGUACUAGCUAAAAUUGUAAAACAUAUGAAAACUAGACAUCAAGAUGGAGAAACACAUGCACUGACUUUAGAUGAAAUUUUAGAUGAAACUAAUCAGCUUGACAUAGGAAGUAAAGUAAAACAUUGGCUUCAAACAGAAGCUUUGGUGGAUAAUCCAAAAAUAGAAGCACUACCUGACAAUAAAUUCCUUUUCAAAUCUACUUAUAAAUUGAAAGAUAAAAAAAGUUUACUGAAAUUAUUGAGACAGCAUGAUUUGAAAAGUUUAGGAGGAGUAUUAAUGGAUGAUGUACAAGAAUCUUUGCCACAUUGUGAAAAGGUUUUAAAAUCACUUUUAAAUCAAAAUGAAAUAGUAAUAGUACAAAGAACAGUAGAUAAAAAAAAGAUACUUUUCUACAAUAAUCAACGAACUGGAAGUUUAAUAGAUGAAGAAUAUCAGAAGUUAUGGAGGUCAGUUGCUGUGGAUGCAAUGGAUGAUGCCAAAAUAGAAGAGUAUUUGGAAAAACAAGGUAUAACAUCCAUGCAGGAUAAUGGGCCAAAGAAAGUAGCACCUCUCAAGAGGAAAAAACCAAGUUCUCGUAAGAAAGUAUUCAAAAAACCAAGGGAUAAUGAGCAUUUGGCUGAUGUACUUGAAACAUAUGAAGAUAAUACCCUAACCCAAAAGAAUAACAUUUGAUUAUCA